AUGUCGGAACCGGAAACUGCUACCGCCGCUAUGGGAAUUGGUAGCGUACUAAACACCAAGGGCGCCCAGGCUAAUGCCGCUCAACUCGCCCAAGCGGCUCAGGCUGCUCAGCGUGCCAGCUCGCCGCACGCUUCCGUGAAGUUUGAGCCAAGCAUGUCCUAUCCUUCACCAACUGGUAUGGGAGCGGCAAUGCCCGUUCCAACUGUUCCUGGCGCACAGAUGACUCCUGGGGGACAAAUGGCUCCCAACAACCAGAUGGCUCCCAACAACCAGAUGGCUCCCAACAACCAGAUGGCUCCCAACCAGCAGAUGGCUCUUAACCAGCCGAUGGCUCUUAACCAGCCGAUGGCUCCUAACAGUCAGAUGAAUCCCAAUACCCAGAUGGGACCCAACCUCCAGAUGGCCCCAAAUCCUCAAAUGGCUCCUAACGCCCAGAUGGUCCCCAAUGGCCAGAUGGCCCCCAAUGCUCAGAUGGCUCCCAAUACUCAGAUGAACACUCAGAUGGCUCCUAAUGCUCAAAUGGCGCCUGCACCGAUGGGUAUUCCUGCUAUGCCUACUUUACCAGGUGUCCCAUCAAACAACGGCAUGGUACCUACUGUUCAUCCCUCUUACAAGCCUCAGGUGGAAGGAGGUGCGCCACCGGGACCGCCUCCCAAAGCCUACGCGUGCUCCACCUGCGCCAAGGCUUUCGCACGGAGAAGUGAUCUCGCUCGUCACGAGCGGAUUCACAGCGGUAUCCGCCCUCACGUCUGUGAUUACCCCGGCUGUGGGAAACAGUUCAUCCAACGUUCAGCUCUCACCGUCCAUCAGCGUGUGCACACGGGAGAGAAGCCCCAUCAGUGCGAGAGAUGCGGCAAGCCCUUUAGCGACAGCAGCUCUCUUGCGCGUCAUCGCAGGAUUCACUCUGGAAAGCGUCCCUACAAGUGCCCUUAUAUGGACUGCCAGAAGACCUUCACUCGUCGGACGACCCUGACGAGGCACCAAAAUCAUCAUACUGGCACUGUUGAGGAAUCUGCCAAAGCCACAGCGGAGGCUCUCGCUAGGGGAACGUUGGCAAGGACUAAGGAACGCUCGGAGAGUGAGCAAGUUUCCAACCAGGCGACGCCGAUGACCACUCCUUCACCAGCACAGCGACCUCUGUCAUUAUCCCCAAGCACGGGAUUGGCCAACAUGGAGAUGCAGUAUCUGCAAAACAACACUCUUCCAGCCCACCUUCGUGGAGACGUUCAUGUCCCCAACGCACCGACGACUUCACCAGGCUACAGCAACGGUCUGACCAGGCCCACGUCGCAUCCCACGGGGUAUGUCCCCCCCGCAACAAUGGAGCCUACUGUUGAAACCCAACAAGGGCCCGGUAGUGCGACUGGCAGUCCUCAGAUUGGAAGUGCGGGUUGGGCGUCUCCUGGUGGUGUCGGAUCUCCAGCACAAAGCCCCAGCGGUAACGGCUAUGUGUAUCCGGACCCAGAACCCUUCCCCGGCGCCGGCACGGCCCAGAUGUUCUACGACAGUGCGGUUUCGACUGGGAGACGUCUCGGGAGCGGGGAGCCGCAGAACCCCUCCUAUCAUACUUAG